AUGUCUUCCAUUGGGCCCCAGCUGCCACCUCAUCUCACCAAGAGGAAGCGCAACUCAGACGACGACAGCGCCGACUCACCGCCAACGAAGCAGACUCGAAACACCGACGAGAUCGAUAUCGACGACAGCUCCGAUGACGAUGGUUUUGGACCUAGUGUGCCUGGCGCAUCAGUCAAGGAACCUGCGCCUACCGUUAAACCUGCCGUUGGUCCAACAAUGCCUCCCUCCAGCACAACGAAUACAAAUGAGAUACCUCUCGACGGCUCUGAUUCAGAAGACGGCUACGGCCCAUCCGCUCCUCGCGCGGCAUCACCGAAUACUUCCAAGUCCCAGCCCUCAAUAGGUCCUACUCUGCCUCCGAAACAGCCUAUAGGACCCACGCUCCCCCCAGCGGCUCACCAGGGCGGGAACGACGACUCUUCGUCAGAUUCGGAGGAUGACUACGGUCCUGCUCUUCCCUCUUCAACAACCUCUGCUCAACGAGCACAAGCUGCCGCAGUAGCAGCAGCCGCGGCGGCGGCCUCGGGCCCUGCCGCACCUCAGCGCGAUGACUGGAUGCUCGCACCACCGACACAAUCUGGUUAUCAAGAGCGCGACCCGACCAAGCUGAAGAAUCGCAAAUUCGCCAGCGGCAAAUCGUCAUCGGCUGCGGGCGGCAGCGGUGGGGGUAUCAGCAGCAUCUGGACAGAGACGCCAGAACAGAAGCGCAAGCGACUCGAAGAUGCUGUGCUAGGUCGUGGAGGGGAAGUCGGCGGAGCGGAGCAGCAGAAACCGCGUCGUACUAGAGAAGAAGAGGAACGGGAUAGGCGCAUCAGCGAGAACAUCGCAGCAACCCGGGGGAAGAGUAUGUAUGAUGAGCAUCAGACAGACAAGAAGAGUGGCGCCAAGGUUGGAAAGGACGGCGAAGAGGAGGAUGACCCUAGCAAGAGGGCAUUUGAUAGAGAAAAGGAUAUGGCAUUGGGCGGCAAGAUCGGUACAGCCCAGCGCAGGGAGUUGCUCAACCGUGCCAAAGAUUUUGGUGGCCGAUUCCAAAAGGGAUCAUAUCUUUGA